AUGUGCCUCCUUGUUGGUUUUAUAAUUAUUCUCUAUAUAUCAUAUUGUUUAUAUCAAUACUUCUUUCCAACACCAAAUAUUAAUUAUAAUGGUAAAUAUGUUCUUAUUAGUGGUUGUGACACCGGCUUUGGUCAUGGAUUAGCUGUUGAGCUUGAUAAACAAGGUUUUAAUGUUCUUGCUGGUGUUUAUGUUUCUGAUAAUGUUACAUUACUUAAAAACAAACUUUCAUCAAAAGCGACCGUUUUUCAUCUAGAUAUAACUAAACAAGAAGAUAUUGAUGCUGCUUUUGAAUUAGUCAACAAUAAAACAAAAGUUCUUCAUUCACUUGUUAAUAAUGCUGGAAUAGCUAUUGUUGGCUAUAUUGAUUGGACAUCAAUGGGAGACAUGCGUAGAGUGAUGGAUGUGAAUUUUUUCGGACAUGUUGCAAUGACAAAGAAAUUUUUACCAUUACUUAUCGCUAAGCGUGAUUCACGUGUUAUUAAUAUUUGUUCUGCAGCUGGAUAUCUCACAUCAGCAAGUAUGUCUGCUUAUUGUGCUUCAAAAUAUGCUCUGGAAUCAUUUUCUGAUUGUCUUCGUCGUGAAAUGGUUCCAUGGAGUUUACGAGUUAGUAUUAUUGAACCAGGAUUUAUGCGAACACCUAUUCUCCAAUUCGGUGCUAAAUCAUUCGCAAAAUUUUGGAGUCAAAUUUCAAGUGAUGUUAAGGAACGAUGGGGUGAAGUUUAUCUGAAAGCAAACUGUGAUGAAGUACAGAAGAGUGACCUCGUCAAAUAUGCUGAAGAUCCGAUGAAAGUUGUACGAGCUCUUCAACAUGCUGUUAUGAAUACAGCUCCGCACAUUCGAUAUCGACCUGGUUGGCAAUCAGGUCUUGUUUUCUUUCCUCUCUCUAGAUUGCCUGCUGGGUUUGUUGAUUGGAUUCUUAGUAAAUUGAUUAAAGCAGUUGAUGUUCCUGCAGGCGUCUCCAAACAGCACGCCGAUUAA